AUGGAGUUGUAUCCCGGAAGACGGUUUAUUUGUAACAACGGUAAGGUGUCCGGAUUUGUCGAGUGGAUUUCAUUCUUGACAUACGGUGUCGGACAUGUACUCAACGACAUGGUUGCAUCGAUGUGGUUCACCUACGCGAUGGUUUACUACCAUUAUGUCGUACAGUUGUCCAGUAUUAACACUGGAAUUGUGAUGUUUGUGGGGCAGAUAACCGACGCCGUUGCAACAGCUGCUAUCGGUGUGCUGUCGGACAAAGUAAAUUUGAGUUGGAUCGAUCGAUACGGACGACGAAAGACGUGGCACCUGUUUGGCAGUUUACUGGUGAAUAUCAGUUUGCCGUUUGCGUUCUCGCCUCCAGCGUUUCCUGUAGAUUCGAAUGUGUCGGAGGUUCAAAUGUGUUUAUACUAUUGUUUUUACAUUGUAAUCUUUCAAAUUGGAUGGGCCGCGAUAGAAAAUUCACAUAUGGCAUUGGUGUCCGAUCUCACGCCACUGAGGGACGAGAGAACAGCUUUGUUGUCCAUAAGAUACACUUUCACCGUUUUCUCGAACAUUUUAGUGUAUGUUGUCACGUGGGUUGUGCUAAGAUCUAAUCAAAAAUCGAAUUGCCAAAUUGGUCCUUCCGAAAUGAAAGAUUUUCAAAUGAUUGUAAUGGCGAUUCUAUUUUUUGGUGUCAUGACCACCCUGUUUUUUCACAUUGGAGUACGUGAACCGAACACGACCCGUGACAAAAAAAAAUUGGCGUCUUCUGCCCCUGAAAUAGUUGAUGAUCAAUUUUUUUCUGUAUUUAAAAAUGUCACUCUAUAUCAAACCACCGUUUUAUACAUGUGUUCCAGGGUUAUAGUCAACAUGACUUUGGUGUUUCUUCCGAUGUAUUUAAUAGAUUACCUAAAAUUAGAGGCAGAAAAAAUACCUCUCCUAUUACUGACCAUGUUCUUCAGUAGUUUUUGUAUGUCUAUGCUUAAUAGGAGAAUGAACGUGAGACUAGGUAGAAAAUAUACUUACUCGUUUGGAGUUAUUUUGGCUCUUUGUUGCGCGCUUUGGUGUUACGUGGGCAAUGGUUUUGAAUACACCCAUUAUGAUGUUUACAUUGUAACUAUAACUAUUGGCGUAGCCAGCUCAGUGCUAUUGGUUACUAGCCAAGGGUUUACUACGGAUUUUAUUGGUAGUCGAAGUCAUCGAGGUGCGUUUAUAUUUGGACUUAUGAGUUUCUCGGACAAGGUGAGCUGUGGCGUUAUAGUGAUGGUCGUACAAUACUUGCGUUGUGAUACAUGUCCAGCAUACUAUCGAGAUGUCAUGAUAUAUAGCUGGACCAUACCAGCUUGCUUGGCAUUCGUUGCAGUUGUUACCUUGCCUAACUAUGGUGAAGUAACAUCAGGCCGUCCGAGUUCAGUUGAAAAUCAAGCGCAGAAAAAUGGACAAGCAGAAGAGAGCGAAAAUUCCAACUUAGAAACACAAUCACCUUGUAACCAACAAUAUGUUUAG